AUGGCAGAUCCGCAAAAUGUCAAUGUCGAAUUCUUCAGAGAAAUCGUAUACUCCCAACAAUUCAAAAUCCUCAAUGACCUCAUCUACAACCCCGACGCAACAGUCGACAAUGCCCUAGACCAAAUCACCGAUCUGACACUGUCCGCCCACACAGCCCCUAUUGAGGAGGAGUAUUUCACGCCCGGGAAUGUCGACUACUAUCUCUCCCUUGCCUUGAUGGAGCAUAAAAGGCUGGUUGAGUUCAUACACGCGCUUCAGAAGCGCACGGCACGGGAUCCCUCGACUGGUGAUCCACUUACAGUACAGGGACAAAUUCUCUGGACAGAUCUGCCGUCUUUCGGGUAUACUGAAUAUGAAACCUGGGACUCGAACGGGGGUGAUUAUACAGUCUUUUGGUUUCUCGACCUGCAAGGUGGGUCAAGACAGCGAAUGAUGAACGACAACGCAUUCGUGACCCAAUUCACCCAAGCCACACAUAUAAGCUACAAUCCCCCAGACCAAGGAUUCAGCAUCCACCGCUUGGACAGAUCCCUCCGGGCAAUCAUGACACUACGACUUGGUCUCGAGAACGACAAAGUUCCCAUGGAGACGCUAUUCAAGACAGCUGUCAUGGAGGUCGCGUGUGUGUGGUUCAUGUAUGCCGCGGACCGGCUGGGUUAUGAACGGGGGCGAUGGGAUGCUUGGGUGGAGAGGUUGAGAGAUGCGAGAGCGGUUUGUAAUGAUGAGAGGAUGAGGGGCGUUAUUGGGGAGGCUUUGGGGUGUGUUUCGCGGACGAUGAGUAGAUGUGACUGA